ACUCAUCCAUACCUGAGGCAAUGCCAUCAGCUGGCAGCUUCCUGUGAUCGACAGCGACCCCAUCCAAUCCCCUGGCGGCGUUCCCUUGCGUCCCUCCCCCCCGCCAAUAGGAGCCGCUCGGUUGCAGGCAGCGGUGGGACAGAGGCAGGAAGUGGCGGGCAGUAGCCCAUUGUGCAGGGAUGAGAGCGGAGCGGCGGGGAGGGGGAGGUGCCGGGUACCUGGGACAGCUCCUGGUGCUGCUGGCCGCCGGCCUGGCUGAUGGUCUCUUUGUCACCGAUUACUUCACUCGCACCCCACGGAAGCUGAAUCCCUUCCGCUCGGUCGGCAGCGUGGAGCUUUUCCAUUUCCACAUCCCAGAGGACACAGUGAUUGCUGUGUGGAACCUUAUAACCUUUAAGGAACAGGGGGGCACCUUCGGAGACAACUGCCCUGACCGCACCAUCACUGUGUAUUUCCGAGCAGGGGCUCCCCCAGUUAUCAAUCCCUUGGGUGCUCACUUCCCCCGAGAUACAGCAGUUCCUGGAACGUUCACCCUCACUCUGACGUGGACCCUGCCAAACCGGACCACUGGGGUGUUCAAUGUGACCAGCCCACUUCCUGGUGACUGGUUCCUAGCGGCUCACCUUCCAAAGGAUGAUGGGAAAAUUACUAUCAAGGGGUUACACGAUGAGUGCCAGUAUCUGUUCCAGCCCCAGCUUAUUGUGCAGCGAGCUGUCGGUGUGCCGGUGCUGUACCCUGGAUACGUGACUGAGCAGAUGCUUCCAGUGCACAAUCGCUCGGCACUGUACAAGGUGUUUGUACCUCAGUUCACCUCUGGGCUGCGAAUCCACCUCCUGGGCUGCCGAACUGGGACACACUUGGGAGAAACUUGCCCCCUUCUGCUAAGACUUCGUGCCAAGGCUCCCCCUCUGCAUAACUCUUCCAGCCAGGACUGCCCCCUACCCUCUGGUUGCCAAUUGCUUAUGCCACUGCCCCUCUGGCAGCACUGGUAUUACAUAUUGGUAGAGAGAACUGGUGUCCCAGGCACUGCCAUCUACUUCCAGCUUACGGCACAUCUGCAUGACUGCUCCCGCCCUGGGCUUACUCGAAUUGCUGGGCCCAGCUCCACUCUGAACAUGCCCCAGUCGUUUGGCACUGCUGGUGGUCUGGCAUCAAUGGAAGGGCUUCCCUCACCAGGAGUCUCUCUCUUGGCUAGCAAUGUGUCCUGGGCUGAUGCCGCAUCCCUCCUGCCCUCCUGCUGGCCAAUCCGACCCACACUGAGAAAUGAACUGGACACUUUUUCUGUCCACUUUUACAUAUUCUUUGGCCCUAAUGUAUCAGUACCCCCAGACCGGCCCGCGGUGUUCAGCAUUAAUCUUCUACCUGUGCUGGACAGUGGGGGAGUCCUGAAUCUGGAGAUCCGACUAAACACAUCCUCGGCCCAGGGAGAAAAUCUCACAGUGUUUGGCUGUUUGAACCAUGGGGUCCCUCUGAUCUCUGGGGAUAACGCAACCAUCAGCUGCCACACAGAAUCUCUGUCUGGCUUCUCCGUCUCUGUGAAUAUGGCAGAUCCGGUCAGUCGGCUGCGAAUCCCAUACCCACAAACAGGCACAUGGUACCUUAGCCUGCGCUCCCUAUGUGCCUCUGAACAUGGGUGGCGGCCGUGCAGUAACGUCAGUGCUGAGUUGUACCUGCGCACUUUCCUGUCUCCCUGUAUCAAUGAGUGUGGGACAUACGGACAAUGUAAGCUCCUCCGAACCAACAACUACCUGUAUGCGGCCUGUGAAUGCAGAGCUGGCUGGAGCGGCUGGGGCUGCACGGAUAACGCUCAGGCAUUCACCUAUGGCUUCCAACUGCUCUCCACCUUACUCCUGUGCCUCAGCAACCUCAUGUUCCUUCCACCCGUCCUCAUCGCUCUGCGCAGCCACUAUCUGCUCGAGGCCUCCGUCUACAUCUUCACCAUGUUCUUCUCUACAUUCUAUCACGCCUGCGACCAGCCCGGCAUCGUUGUCUUCUGUAUCAUGGAAUAUGAUGUGCUGCAGUUCUGCGACUUCCUCGGCUCCCUCAUGUCUGUGUGGGUGACGGUUAUCAGCAUGGCCCGGCUCCAGCCAAUCAUCAAACAGGUGCUGUACCUACUGGGCGCAAUGCUUCUCUCCAUGGCGCUGCAGUUGGAUCGACAUGGCCUCUGGAACCUUCUCGGGCCCAGUUUGUUUGCUGUGGGCAUCAUGGCGGUUGCCUGGACCUUCCGGACAAUCCGCCGGCGACACUGUUACCCCCCAACCUGGAAGCGCUGGCUCUUUUACCUCUGUCCGGGGACCCUCAUUGCCAGUUCUGCCGUCGCUCUCUACGCCUUUGUGGAGACAGAGGAAAACUAUUUCUACAUCCACAGCAUUUGGCACAUGCUUAUUGCCGGCAGCGUCGGCUUCCUCCUGCCCCCGCGUGCCAAGCCGGAUGGGAGGGUGGCGCCACUGAGCCGCAGGAAGGGCUGUGGCUACCAGCUCUGUGUCAAUGAGCAGGAGGAACUGGGCUUGGUAGAUCCCGGGUCUGUUUCUAUAAACAGCAUCUGUACCAGUUGACAGAGAAGACAAGGCCAUUGGGCGGGGACAUGUCUGUGGGACCAGUGGAUACGGCCCAAAGGGACAGAACACUGCUGCCUCCUCACUGCAACCUGCUCACUAAUCCUGCCGUCCCACUGCCACUUGGUACUGGGGAUGGAACGGGCAACAACUGGCAGUGAUCCCCUGGGCUACACUGGGUUCCUUCCCAAGCAAAUGGAUUCUUACUCUAAUGCCAAAUGAUCAGAUCGUUGCUCUAAUGCAGAAAUACCUCUUUAUGGCACGGCCCGCGGGCCUGCUCACUUUGUCCUUUCUGUUUGUGUUUAUAAGGGAUCCGUGCAAAAUGUCGUCCACUAAGUGGGAUUUAUGGGCCGACACCCAGAGCCGCUGCCUCAGGACUUAGCAGGACAGACAGGGACAAGGGGGGGCAAUGUUUUAUCUGCUAUUGGGGGGUGGGGGGGGACAAACAGGGACAACGUGCUUGGGAGGUCUGAGAAUACUGCCGGCUCUUUAUAGGGAAUGAUAGAGCGCCAGUGGAACUUAUGGGGUACCUGUAGGUUUGGGCCCGAGAGGGCACAGUGGAACUUAUGGGGUACCUGUAGGUUUGGGCCCGAGAGGGCACAGGGGAACUUAUGGGGUACCUGUAGGUUUGGGCAUGAGAGGGCACAGUGGAACUUAUGGGGUACCUGUAGGUUUGGGCAUGAGAGGGCACAGUGGAACUUAUGGGGUACCUGUAGGUUUGGGCCCGAGAGGGCACAGUGGAACUUAUGGGGUACCUGUAGGUUUGGGCAUGAGAGGGUGACCUGUACAUGACAGGGUGCCAGCUGAAGAUUGUGGGUGCUGGGUGAAAGGGCACCCAAACAACUAAUGGCUGGGGCAGAAAAUGACCCUGAUAUAGAGGGGCAGGGGGUACAGAGAGUGGGAAUGUAGCGGUGAGUUACGAGGUUAAGAGGUAAAGGCCCCAGACUGGGCCACGUUUAGCUGAUAGAGGGACCCGGGUAGGAUUCAUCUAGUUCCACAUAUGGGUUGGGCUGAACCAGUGGGAAUGGGUCAUGUGCUUCUUCUCUACUGUCCCAUUAGCUUCCAGUUUUACUUCUUCCUUCCCCCCCCCACUCCCCUGUCAGGGGCCACAGAGAGACAGAACCUUCCCAGCACAUCCCAGUUUGGCCCAGUACGGCCCAGGCUUCCACCCUCUCACCCUGCCUCAUCCCUGAAUGUACCACGGACUCUGUGUCGGUUUCUGAGGGUUUAUCAGUAUUUUUUGCUCAUGUGAAUUGAAUGAAAACUUCCAAGAUUAAACCAAAAAUGUAAUUUCUAAAUGAAAAAA